UCUCGUCCGGGUUACUAACGUCAUCAGCGCGCUCUCGUCCGCUUACUGACGUCAUCAGCGCGCUCUCGUCCGCUUGCGCACUUCGCUGGCUCGUUUGCGUUCGACCGUCUUCGAUAGAUCAAGGAGAAGGCCCGGGAUUGAGCCCGCGAGUUUGCAAUGGAUUUGUUUGAUAUCAAACCAGGAGACAAUGUGGCAGUGAUCUGGGACAAUGUGACCACAGCUGAAUCUAACUCCAAGCUGGUGCAGGAUAUUCGGACAGUUACUGGCUCUUCAACACACGUGGCAAUGGAGAACAUUGAGAGGUUGCAGAUAUCUGCUCACAAGAAGUCCAGCUUUGACAUUGUGCUCUCUAGUGUCGUGCCAGGCUCUGCAAGUCAACACACUUUUGACACCUUUGCUGAAAUAGCUCGAAUUCUGAAACCUGGAGGAAGAUUUUACUUCAAGGAACCCGUGUGUAUAUCAGGUGACAACGGCAGAUUGAAGACUGCAUCACAGCUCAUCUCUCUGCUGAAACUGGCUGGCUUUACAGAGGUCUGUGAGAUUGAGAAGGAGCCUUUAACUGCUGAACAGCUGAGCUCCAUGAACCAAGCCAUUGGCUUUCCAGGUGGCAACCUCAUAAAACUGGCAGUAAAGGCUGAGAAACCAAACUUUGAAAUCGGAUCUUCUUCUCAACUCUCACUGUCCUUUGUGAAGAAAAUAAACCCAGCACCAGAGAGGCCACAGUUGGACCCCAAUACUGCAAAGGCCUGGACCUUGUCAGCUACUGAUAUGAAUGAUGACGAUGUGGAUCUUAUUGACUCUGAUGAGCUGCUGGAUGAAAAUGAUUUGAAGAAGCCUGACCCAGCCUCGCUCCGUAUUAUGAGCUGUGGAGACAACAAGAAAAAGAAGCGGGCCUGUAAAAACUGCACGUGUGGCCUCGCAGAGGAGUUAGGAGGGAAAGAACUCAAAGAUGUGAAGACUUUCCAGGUGAAGUCGGCAUGUGGAAGUUGUUAUCUGGGCGAUGCAUUUCGAUGUGCGAGUUGUCCAUACAUGGGGAUGCCUGCAUUCAAGCCUGGUGAACAAAUCCUGCUGUCAAACAAGACUCUCAGUGAUGCCUGAUGUGUUCAAAGAAGGCUUUGAUGGAUCCGUUGCUGAAUGUCUACCCAUCAGGGUGAAUCUCUUCCAUCCAUCAGAACUGUUGGGUUUUGUUCUCACCUCAACCAAAUCAGUGAAGCUUUGGACUUGAUGCAGUCAGACAGAAAUUAUUGUCUCACUGCGAGUAGAUUAGGUUUAUUGUGAUCUUAAUUUGGGGGUUUAUUGGGGUGGGGAAAUAAAUGGUCAUUUAUUCCUUACUGUU